GUUUACUCUUGCAGUGUAGCCAACACUUUUGCCGUUACUUUCGAUGAUGGUCCAUACAAGUACACUCAGGAUCUCAUUGAUUAUCUAGACGAACAAAAGAUCACUGCCACUUUCUUUAUCAAUGGCCAAAACUACGGUAACAUCUACGACUACAAGGACUUUUUGAUUGCAACCUACAAUGCUGGUCAUCAAAUUGCUCACCAUACCUGGUCCCACCCUAACAUCUCAUCCUUGACCGAUGCCCAGUUGACCUUGGAAAUCACUAAGCUUGAAGAUGCCUUUUUGGAUAUUUUGGGCGUUAUUCCUACUUACUUCAGACCUCCUUACGGUGAAUAUACCGAUGCUUCUCUUAAGAUUCUUAACAAGUUUGGUUACAAAGUUAUCGUUUGGGAUGUUGAUACCGAUGAUUGGCAAGUCAAUAACUUGGCAACAGAGAAGACCAACUUCCUUAAUGGUAUUGCCGCCAACCCUGAUGUUCCUGGCCACAUUUCCCUUGAACAUGAUCCUUUGCAAAUUACUUCUCAGCAACUUGCUCCAUGGGCUUUCGAUUAUGUCAAGAGCAAGGGUUAUAAGCCAACCACUGUUAGCGAGUGCAUUGGUGACAAUCCUGCCAACUGGUAUAGAACCAAGUCCUUGCGUUAG